AUGUCGCUCCAGCAGUCGCAGCAACAGCAGCUGUCAGACUCGCUACAGCCAUCACAGGCUGCACCCGCCUACUUCCAAGCGCUGCUCGAUCGCGGGCAGAAGCGAGCAAACACCAACGAUGAACCACAACUCCAGCUCGGUCUGCAGGACAUUGCCCGCAAAGUUAGGAACUUGGGCAAAGGCUUCACAGACGCCCGCGCACACUAUCUGCUUUCUGCCUCGGGCGUGAACACGAGCGAAGCCCUCCGCGAUCUCGAAGACCUCGCCGGCCCACCAUCCUCCAUACAGCAGCCCAUCGAGCCAGUCGCGACAGGCGUGAAAGAGACUUUGGCGAGAGAACAUGAGAGCGACUUCCAGCAGAUGGUCGACAGCCACAUCAAGCGUGCGCACGCCGAGUUUGACCAGAUGAUUGAGGAGAGACUGCAUGGGGUGGAUUGGGAUGCCCACAGACAGCGCAUCUACGAGCACUUCGGCUUGAAGAGACCACAGAAUCAGGAUGGAGGGAACACGAUUGGCGGUGCCAGUGUCAACGGCGGCGCAAGCACAUUUGGCCGAUCCUCGCGAAGAGGUAGAAUCUCGACGGCGAACCGAUCGACCUUUGGCAUUCCUGGCAUGUCCAAGUCGAUCAUUGGCUCAGUCGGGCCUCGCGACCUCAAACAGAGCGCCUUCAACGACAUCGCGCAUAAGCUGCCAGCAGACGGAUUUCGGGCGGCGCCAAACGACAGCAUACUGAGGAAGAAGCAGGACAAGUACGCAGACAGAGUCAAGGACCUGAACGUUGCGCGUCUACAGGAGAAGGUCUACCCACUGUUGACCAAGUUCGCGGAAGUGGAGGCUGAGCCUUCGCACGAGGAUACGUCGAUGUUGGUCAAUGCAUUCAAGGCAUUGGUGCACAUCACGGGAGAAGAUGCGUCGAAGGAGAACACCAGUGAGCCUGGAGUGGUUCGCGAGCGACAAUACGCAAAGGGCUACAUCGAUGAUACUGGUGGUGCUGAGAACGUAAUGGUUCGCAAGAGGAUCAUUGACGGCUCUCGCACUUUCCUUGAGAAGCUGUUCUACUCCCAAGUCCAGACCACAGUGGCACGGAACCCCACCGAAGCGCAUACUGGAGGAACACCAUCAGCGCUGAACGUGGUCAAGGGCUACGUUCGUGUUCGAGCUUUACGGAAGGAGCUUGGCAACGACAUGGAUGCCCUGCAACAGGUCAAUGAUGACUACGGCUGGGCUGUCAUGUUUUACCUGUUACGAAGCGGUCUGUUCGAUGAGGCGUCUGCGUAUCUUGUAGAAAACAAAGACGCCUUCCGAUCGAUCGACAGCCACUUCGUCAAGUACCUAGAGCACUUCUGUGCAAGUCCCGACCGUAGGCUACCACCUACUACCCAGACCAGCAUCAGCAACGCGUACUCGAUGCUCAGUCGCCUAGGCCCGCAAGGCGCGGUAGAUCCGUACAAGCUGAUGUGCUACAAAGUCCUUGGUCGUUGUGACCUUGGACGUCGUACACUUGACAACAUCACAAACGACAUGAUGGACUGGCUAUGGCUUCAGUUCGCGCUAGCUCGGGAGUUCAACCGAGUAGACGAAAUGGCCCAUGAGGCUUACGGGCUGUACGAUGUCCAACAGUCGAUUGAAGAAGUGGGAAACAGAUACUUUCAACCCGGUACCGAGAUCGCCAAUGCGACCACUACUUUCUUCUUCAUGCAGGUUCUUGCUGGCAAGUUUGAGAAAGCUGUGGCUGACCUCUACCCACACAACUACGUAUCGGCAGUGCACUUCGCCAUUGGUCUGGACUUUUACGGCCUCUUGCGCGUCAGCGACAUCAGCAACAGCGAUGAUCUGCUCGUCCUCACUGUCAGGGCACAACAUCAGAUCGCAUUCGGCAGCAUGAUCGGACUCUACACACGCGACUUCCGAACCGCUAACGUCACUGCCGCGGUCGACUACAUCACAUUGAUCUGUCUAAAUGCAGAUCUCCAGCCCGAGAACUUGGGCAAGGCGCAACGUGAGCUUUGUCAUCAGGCGCUGACUGAAGUCCUCCUCGAGACUCGCGAGUUCUCGCAGCUGAUUGGCGACAUCCGCGCUGAUGGCAUGCGCAUCAAGGGCGCCAUUGAACUUCGCCUCAAGCUGAUCGGUCUUGGUAACGAGCGAGAAUAUUUGCGACAAAUCACUCUCGUGGCUGCCAGAAUCGCGGAAGAGCAAGGCCGCACCACAGAUGCUGCGUUGCUAUACCACAUGUGCGACGACUACGAUAAGGUCAUUCAGGUCGUCAAUGACGCAGUUUCUUUGGCUCUCACCACUGAGCUUGGUGAACAGCCCGCGCGCCUGCAACCACUCAAGCCACGCAACACAGACGACCACAACAACCAAGACCCGAACCAAGAGCAAGCAAGUCUGAGUCUCACACAGAACGAGGACCCUAUUCAGCUCGCACAGGAUAUCCUGCAACUCUACAAGAGCGACGGCAUGUACUUGAACAAGAUGUCUCGGAAGUACAGCGACGCCUGCGAAGUGCUCCUGCAACUUGCUGCGGCACGGAAGGAGCUGGAGAAUGGCAGAUGGUCUCAAGUCGUCGAUUCCGUAACAGCAUCCGACGUGAUCCCCACCGAAGCAGCCGGCAAUAUCUCCGCCAUCCGCUCAAAGUCCCAAGCCUUCGACCUCAUGCCCACGACCGUUGCACGCACCAUUGGACACGUUAUGGUCUGGACUGUCGUUGCUCUGUCAAAUCAGGUCAACAGGCUACGGAGUCAAGAGUAUGAGACUCCGGCGAUCAACGAGGCGAUUGCGAGGUGUACACAGUCGGCGAAGGAUGUCAUGGUUUUCGCGGGCUUGAUACGGUACAAGCUUCCUGGUAGGGUCUGGGAGACGUUGGCGAGAGCUGGACAGGAUUUGGGAGCGUACUAG